ACGGAACCGCAAAGCCUGCCGGGAGCUUGGUGCGCUAUGGCGACACCCAGCCUGCGGGGUCGCCUGGCGCGGUUUGGGAACCCGCGGAAGCCUGUGCUGAAGCCCAAUAAACCUCUCAUUCUAGCUAACCGCGUCGGGGAGCGGCGCCGGGAGAAGGGCGAGGCGACUUGCAUCACGGAGAUGUCGGUGAUGAUGGCUUGCUGGAAGCAGAAUGAAUUCCGCGACGAUGCGUGCAGAAAAGAGAUCCAGGGCUUCCUCGAUUGUGUCGCGAGGGCUCAGGAAGCCCGAAAGAUGAGAUCAAUACAGGAAACCCUGGGAGAGUCUGGGAGUUUACUUCCAAAUAAAUUGAAUAAGUUGUUACGGAGGUUUCCUAACAAACCGCACCUCAGCUGAAAAUGGACAAGUAUUUUCAAUGACUGAAAUAUAGCUUCUGACAACUAUGCAGAGGCAUUUUAGAGACAUUGGCAUUGCCAUGCCCUCUUUGGAGGGUAGAAGAGGCAAAACACUUUUUUCACCCUUUGAAAUCAUAGUAUGGGUAGAAGUUGUGAUUUAUCUUGAAAUAAAAUCCUCUGAAGAGAA